AUGAAAGGCUAUAAAUAUCAUGAAAAAGAAUACAAUCUUUUGGUGCAACUAAUACAUGGUGGAAAACAAGCAGUCGAUGAAGCUCUUGGAAACAUUUCAAGUGAAGAAGAAGCAACUUCAUCUUCGAACCCACCGAAAUCUGUCAAUGAUUCUGAAACUAAUCAAUCAAUUGAUAUGCAGUCGACUUCAACGGAAAACCAGUCAAUUAUGGCUGAAAAGGAAGGAGAGCAUGAAAAGGUAAUUAAAAAUUCCGUUGCAGCAGUGGUUCAGUUAACUGAAGCUUAUCAAAAUGGUUACUUAAAUCAUCAAGAAUAUUUCAAGCAAUUAAAAGAAAUUGCUGAAAAACAAAUAAAAUAA